AGCAUAAACGCACGUUGCUGCUAUCAGACCCGCACACACGCAGCUCCGUUUCCUUGGAAAACGCGCGCACAGUCUCUUUCACACAGUUUGCGACCUCGGGACUAUUUUGGAAGCGAACAGGGAGCGAAACAGGGAUUCCUAUCAAUUUGGAGCGAAUAUAUUCCAGGGUGGGUAUCAGGCCGUGCAAUCAUUGACGCACACAGACAUGAUCUUCUCCAUGAGUGUCCCCUAAGAGGUGGACUUGUCAAGUCGCCAUGAUGAUGAUGCAAAAGCAGCAGACCAGGACAUCACCAGGGAGUGUGUUGUCACUGAGAGGCACCAACGUUCCAGGAUCCCCUGCUGCAGCAAUAGUUGCCAGGGUGGAUGAUGGUGUCAUUGGUUAUAAAGACUUGGCUGCGUUGCCAAGAGACAAGGCCAUUCUGGACAUAGAGAGACCCGACCUGAUGAUGUACCAGCCUCACUACAGCUACAGUCCCGAGAGGUCCUUGUCUCCUCGCUCUCUCUCUCCCCCUCCAUCACCAGAGAAAGCUCUUUCUAAAGGGUCCAGCGAGUGGCCAGAGAACAGAACUCCAGUCGGCUCCUCUCCCAGUUCUACCGCUGGCCGGACCCCCACAUACACACCCCACACACACUGCUCCACACCCACCACCCCCACCCCCACCCCCAACACCACCAACACCACCAACACCACCAUGCAACACUUUCACAGGCCAGACAAUGGGAGUAACAUCUACAAGAAGCCUCCAAUCUAUAAGACGGUGUUGCCCCCAGCGCUGUCGCAAGGGAAACAUAUCGAGGAUCUGAUCAUUGAGUCGUCCAAGUUCCCCGCGGCCCAGCCCCCCGACCCCAGCCUGCCCUCCAAGAUCGAGACGGAGUACUGGCCCUGCCCUCCCUCCCUGGCUGUCGUCGAAACGGAGUGGCGGAAGCGGGGGAAGGGAGGGGCGAUGACCGAGGAGGAAGAUUUUGGCGACGACAUGUUUGAGCUGCAACAGCUUCAGACCAAACAACUUAACAAGAUCAAGUCAAACCUUGGGAAGAUCAUCCUAAAGGAGGAGCUGGGAUCGGCUCCAUUGAGAAAGAAGACCAGAUCCCUCCCUGACCAAACUGUCACCGGAGCCACAAGUUUGAGAUCUGCCCAUCUGCCAGAAUCCUCUGGGACCAGUCUGGCAAGGUCAACAGAAUUCCAGUCCGACAAAGAAUGGAGACAGGAUGGACAGAGGCAAGUCCCUCCUCAGCGUGUUAGAGGAGAAGAUUUGGCCCUAUGAAAUGUUGGCGGUCACUCACAAGGGGAGGUGCAAGCUGCCCUCAGGAGUCGACAGGACCAGGCUGGAGCAAGCUCAAGUCUCGUUCUAGGGAGCCCAGCUCCCCCUUGAGAUAUCUGAGUCCUGAAGACUUCUACCAUCUCUUUGAAAUGACCAUUGAAGACUUUGAUUGCCUCUCUCUCUGGAAGAGGAACAACU